GAGAAGGUUACAAAUAUUUUUAUAUAUAUACACACACAUAUAAAAGAGUGUGAGUAAGCAAGCUCACAUUCCAAAAGAAGUUUUCUGGCUAUGUCAGGAGUGUAGUCCACCCUCUGCUAAGCAAACCUAUUUUUUUUCAAGCACAAGAGGAUAUUAUCAGAGGAGCCCGUGUGGAUAUACAGAAACCAGAGAUCGUCAUGGCUCGCUGAGGUGAUGAGCUGAUGGGUGGAUGGCGCCCAUUAUCUUCACUCCUCAAUCCAAGUUUUCCUGAAAAACGGACAGGGGGAGGAGGAGGCUCCAACUGAGCACAAGGCACAGAGGACAAGCAAAGGAUUAGGAGUGAACAGCAAGAAAAGGAAGGAGAAUACAAAUGAUAUUGAAAACAUUUCAAAGAGCUAGAAACUAGUUCCUAGAUUAGAAGAUCCAGUUGUCAGCAAUUUAAAACAAUAUUCAGGUUUUAACUUCUGUACAAGGCUAUUACAUAACCCUGAAGCAAGGAAAUUAACCAAAAGGAAUGUGCCUUUACUAUCUAUAGAAAAUACACUUAGCUUCAGCUGCUUCAACGCUCCUUGGAAUUUUAAAAUGUUUCAAGCCUUGGUUCGGCAAGCGUAUCACCCCCUGCCCAGCCAUCAGCCGGGGGAACCCGACGCCAAGUACAAGGGGAAGCUGGUGCAUGAAACUCAGCUGAACUGCUUCUACAUCAAACCUGGAGGUUCCAACUAUGGGAGUCCCCGUCCAGCUCAUGCCAACAUGAAUGCCAAUGCAGCUGCAGGGCUUGCCCCAGAGCACAUCCCCACGCCGGGGGCAGCUCUGUCCUGGCAGGCUGCCAUCGAUGCUGCCAGGCAAGCCAAGCUGAUGGGCAGUGCUGGCAACGCCACCAUCUCCACGGCCAGCUCCACGCAGAGGAAACGGCAGCAGUAUGGCAAGCAGAAGAAGCAGGGCACCACCACAGCCACCCGUCCUCCCCGGGCACUGCUGUGCCUCACGCUGAAGAAUCCCAUCCGGAGGGCGUGCAUCAGCAUCGUCGAAUGGAAACCAUUUGAAAUAAUUAUUUUACUGACUAUUUUUGCCAAUUGUGUGGCCUUAGCUAUCUAUAUCCCCUUUCCAGAAGAUGAUUCCAAUGCCACCAAUUCCAAUCUGGAACGAGUGGAAUAUCUCUUUCUCAUAAUUUUUACAGUGGAAGCAUUUUUAAAAGUAAUAGCAUACGGACUUCUCUUUCACCCCAACGCUUACCUCCGCAAUGGCUGGAAUUUACUAGAUUUUAUAAUUGUGGUAGUAGGGCUUUUUAGUGCAAUUUUAGAACAAGCAACCAAAGCAGAUGGGGGGAAUUCAAUAGGAGGAAAAGGUGCCGGAUUCGAUGUUAAAGCACUGCGGGCUUUCCGAGUAUUACGUCCACUACGGCUGGUGUCUGGAGUCCCUAGUCUCCAGGUGGUUUUAAAUUCAAUUAUCAAGGCCAUGGUCCCUUUGUUGCAUAUUGCCCUGCUGGUGCUGUUUGUCAUUAUUAUCUAUGCCAUCAUUGGACUGGAGUUAUUCAUGGGGAAGAUGCAUAAGACCUGCUACCAUGUGCAAGGGGGACUGAUAGAUACACCUGCAGAAGAUGAUCCAUCCCCGUGUGCCCCCCAGUCUGCCCACGGGCGGCAGUGUCAGAACGGCACCGAGUGCAAGGCGGGCUGGGAGGGACCCAAGCAUGGCAUUACCAACUUUGACAAUUUUGCUUUUGCCAUGCUCACCGUGUUUCAGUGCAUCACCAUGGAGGGCUGGACAGAUGUGCUCUACUGGGUCAAUGAUGCCAUAGGAAGGGACUGGCCCUGGAUCUAUUUUGUUACACUAAUCAUCAUAGGGUCAUUUUUUGUACUUAACUUGGUUCUCGGUGUACUUAGCGGGGAGUUUUCCAAAGAAAGAGAAAAGGCCAAGGCUCGAGGCGAUUUCCAGAAGCUUCGGGAAAAGCAGCAGCUAGAGGAGGAUCUGAAGGGAUACUUAGACUGGAUAACUCAAGCAGAAGAUAUUGAUCCAGAAAAUGAAGAUGAAGGCAUGGAUGAGGAGAAGCCUCGAAACAUGAGCAUGCCCACCAGUGAGACCGAGUCCGUGAACACCGACAACGUCCCCGGCGCAGACAUGGAAGGCGAGAACUGCGGCGCGAGGCUGGCGCAUCGGAUCUCAAAAUCAAAAUUUAGUCGCUACUGGCGCCGAUGGAAUCGAUUCUGCAGAAGGAAGUGCCGUGCUGCUGUCAAGUCCAAUGUUUUCUAUUGGCUGGUGAUCUUCCUCGUGUUUCUCAACACCCUCACCAUUGCCUCUGAGCACUACAACCAGCCAGACUGGCUCACGGAGGUCCAAGACACUGCCAAUAAGGUGCUGCUAGCUCUUUUCACGGCAGAGAUGCUGCUGAAGAUGUACAGCCUUGGGCUCCAGGCCUACUUUGUGUCCCUCUUCAACCGCUUUGACUGUUUCAUUGUGUGUGGAGGCAUCCUGGAAACCAUCCUGGUGGAGACAAAGAUCAUGUCACCCCUGGGCAUUUCGGUCUUGAGAUGUGUGAGACUCCUCAGAAUAUUUAAAAUCACAAGAUAUUGGAACUCCCUGAGUAAUCUUGUGGCUUCGCUCCUGAAUUCAGUCCGCUCCAUUGCCUCCCUGUUGCUGCUUCUCUUCCUCUUCAUCAUCAUCUUCUCACUCCUGGGGAUGCAGCUCUUUGGGGGCAAGUUUAACUUUGAUGAGAUGCAGACCAGGAGGAGUACAUUUGACAACUUCCCUCAGUCCCUCCUGACUGUGUUUCAGAUCCUGACUGGGGAGGACUGGAAUUCGGUGAUGUAUGAUGGGAUCAUGGCUUAUGGCGGCCCCUCUUUUCCAGGAAUGUUGGUCUGUAUUUACUUCAUCAUCCUCUUCAUCUGUGGAAACUAUAUCCUGCUGAAUGUAUUUUUGGCCAUUGCUGUGGACAACCUUGCUGAUGCUGAGAGUUUAACAUCUGCACAGAAAGAGGAGGAAGAGGAAAAAGAAAGGAAAAAGUUAGCUAGGACUGCUAGUCCCGAAAAGAAACAGGAGAUGGAGAAAACAGCUGUGGAGGAAGAGACAAAGGAGGAGAAAAUUGAGCUGAAAUCGAUCACUGCUGAUGGAGAGUCCCCACCUGCUACCAAGAUCAACGUGGAUGAUUAUCAGCCCAAUGAAAAUGAAGAAAAGAGCCCUUAUCCCACAACAGAAGCACCAGCAGAGGAAGAUGAGGAAGAACCUGAGAUGCCUGUCGGCCCUCGACCUCGCCCGAUGUCUGAGCUGCACCUCAAGGAAAAGGCUGUGCCCAUGCCUGAUGCCAGUGCUUUUUUCAUCUUCAGUCCUAACAACAGGUUUCGUGUGCACUGCCAUCGCAUCGUUAACGAUAACAUUUUCACCAACCUGAUCCUGUUCUUCAUCUUGCUCAGCAGCAUCUCCCUGGCAGCUGAGGACCCCGUGAGACACCUCUCCUUUAGGAACCAAAUUCUCUUUUAUUUUGAUAUAGUUUUUACUGUCAUUUUCACCAUUGAAAUUGCUCUGAAGAUGACUGCCUACGGGGCUUUCCUCCACAAGGGCUCCUUCUGCAGGAACUAUUUCAACAUCUUGGACCUGCUGGUGGUCAGCGUUUCUCUCAUCUCCUUUGGGAUCCAGUCCAGUGCCAUCAACGUGGUGAAGAUCCUUCGUGUUCUGCGGGUCCUCAGGCCACUGAGGGCCAUCAACAGAGCCAAAGGACUAAAGCACGUGGUGCAGUGCGUGUUUGUCGCCAUCCGAACCAUUGGGAACAUUGUGAUUGUCACCACUUUGCUGCAGUUCAUGUUUGCCUGCAUUGGAGUUCAGCUGUUUAAGGGCAAGCUGUACAGCUGCACUGACAGCUCCAAGCAGACAGAAGCAGAGUGCAGAGGGUACUUCAUCACCUACAAGGAUGGGGAGGUCAGCCAGCCCAUGAUACAGCCCCGCAGCUGGGAGAACAGCAAGUUUGACUUCGACAACGUCCUGACUGCCAUGAUGGCCCUCUUCACUGUCUCCACCUUUGAGGGCUGGCCAGAGUUGCUGUAUAGGUCCAUUGAUUCCCACAUGGAGGAUGUGGGACCCAUCUAUAAUCACAGGGUUGAGAUCUCCAUCUUCUUUAUUAUCUACAUCAUCAUCAUUGCUUUCUUCAUGAUGAACAUCUUCGUUGGUUUCGUCAUCGUCACAUUUCAGGAACAAGGAGAACAAGAGUACAAGAACUGUGAGCUGGACAAAAACCAGCGCCAGUGUGUAGAGUAUGCCCUGAAAGCCCGGCCCCUGCGGAGAUACAUCCCUAAAAACCAGUACCAGUACAAAGUUUGGUAUGUGGUCAACUCCACCUAUUUUGAAUACCUGAUGUUCGUUCUGAUCCUGCUGAACACCAUCUGCCUGGCCAUGCAACACUAUGGUCAGAGCUGCAUGUUCAAGGAAGCCAUGAACAUCCUCAACAUGCUCUUCACUGGGCUCUUCACUGUGGAGAUGGUCCUGAAAUUAAUUGCCUUCAAACCCAAGGGUUACUUUAGUGAUCCUUGGAAUGUUUUUGACUUCCUCAUCGUAAUUGGCAGCAUUAUAGACGUCAUUCUCAGUGAAACUAAUCACUAUUUCUGUGAUGCAUGGAAUACAUUUGACGCCUUGAUUGUUGUGGGUAGCAUUGUUGAUAUAGCAAUCACCGAGGUGAACCCAGCUGAACAUACCCAAUGCUCUUCCUCUAUGAACGCAGAGGAAAACUCUCGCAUCUCAAUCACCUUCUUCCGACUCUUCCGCGUGAUGCGCCUCGUGAAGCUCCUGAGCCGAGGGGAGGGCAUCCGGACACUGCUUUGGACCUUCAUCAAGUCCUUCCAGGCUCUCCCCUAUGUGGCUCUUUUGAUAGUGAUGUUGUUCUUCAUCUACGCUGUGAUUGGGAUGCAGGUGUUUGGUAAAAUUGCGCUGAACGACACCACAGAAAUCAACCGCAACAAUAACUUCCAGACCUUCCCCCAGGCAGUGCUGCUGCUUUUCAGGUGUGCCACAGGUGAGGCCUGGCAGGAAAUCAUGCUGGCAUGUCUCCCAGACAAGAAGUGUGACCCAGAGUCGGAGCCGGCCAACUCCACAGAAGCCGAUCACUCGUGCGGCAGCAGCUUCGCCGUCUUCUACUUCAUCAGCUUCUACAUGCUCUGUGCCUUCCUGAUCAUCAAUCUUUUUGUAGCUGUGAUAAUGGAUAACUUUGAUUACCUGACACGGGACUGGUCCAUUUUAGGACCACACCACCUGGAUGAGUUUAAAAGGAUCUGGGCAGAGUAUGACCCUGAAGCUAAGGGACGGAUCAAACACCUGGACGUGGUGACGCUGCUGCGGCGGAUCCAGCCCCCGCUGGGCUUCGGGAAGCUCUGCCCUCACCGGGUGGCUUGCAAACGCCUUGUCUCCAUGAAUAUGCCACUGAACAGCGAUGGGACCGUCAUGUUCAAUGCCACUCUCUUUGCACUGGUCAGAACAGCACUGAGGAUCAAGACAGAAGGUAACCUGGAGCAAGCCAAUGAAGAGCUGAGAGCAAUAAUUAAGAAAAUCUGGAAGCGCACCAGUAUGAAGCUGCUGGACCAGGUGGUGCCUCCUGCAGGUGAUGAUGAGGUGACCGUGGGGAAGUUCUACGCCACUUUCCUGAUCCAGGAGUAUUUCAGGAAGUUCAAGAAGCGCAAAGAGCAGGGGCUGGUGGGGAAGCCCUCCCAGCGCAACGCGCUCUCCUUACAGGCUGGGCUGCGCACACUGCACGACAUCGGGCCCGAGAUCCGACGAGCCAUUUCUGGGGACCUGACAGCUGAAGAGGAGCUGGACAAGGCCAUGAAAGAAGCUGUUUCUGCUGCCUCUGAAGAUGACAUCUUCCGGAGAGCUGGAGGCUUGUUUGGAAACCAUGUGAGCUACUACCAAAGUGAUGGCAGGAGUGGGUUCCCCCAGACAUUCACCACCCAGAGACCUUUGCACAUCAACAAGUCUGGCAACAACCACGGCGAUACCGAGUCUCCAUCUCACGAGAAGCUGGUGGACUCCACCUUCACUCCCAGCAGCUACUCAUCUUCAGGCUCCAAUGCCAACAUCAACAAUGCCAACAACACUGCCCUGUGUCGCUUCCCCAGCCCACCCAGCUACCCCAGCACUGUCAGCACGGUGGAAGGCCACGGGACCCCCUUGUCACCCACCAUAUGUGUGCAGGAGGCUCCCUGGAAGCUCCCCUCCAAAAGGACACAUUACUACGAGACACUGGCACGCUCCAGUUCCAGAGACAGCCAGCUGGCAAUUGUUUGCCAAGAGGAAGUGUCUCAGGAUGAGACUUAUGAUGAAAAUUUGAAUGAAGACAUUGAGUACUGUAGUGAACCAAGCCUGCUCUCUACCGAAAUGCUUGCAUACCAAGAUGAUGAAAACAGACAACUCACUCCACCAGAGCACAGCAAAGGAGAGGACACCCGGCACUCUCCAAAGAAGGGGUUCCUGUGCUCCUCAGCUCUAGGUCGAAGAGCAUCUUUUCACUUAGAGUGUUUGAAAAGACAGAAAAACCAGGGUGUGGAUGUCUCACAGAAGACAGUCCUGCCUUUGCAUCUGGUCCAUCAUCAGGCACUAGCAGUGGCCGGCCUGAGUCCCCUGCUCCAGAGAAGCCAUUCCCCCACCAUGUUCUCUCGGCUGUGUGCUACGCCCCCGGCCACGCCCUGCAACCGGGGCUGGCCGCAACAGAGCAUCCCAACGCUGCGCCUCGACGGGGCGGACUCCUCGGAGAAGCUCAACAGCAGCUUGCCGUCCGUGCACUGCGGCUCCCGGUACCCGGAGAGCGGCGGCAGCCCCAGGAGAGCUCGACCCGUGUCCCUGACCGUGCCCAGCCCCACCGCAGGGAGCAGCCGGCAGUUCCACGGCAGCGCCAGCAGCCUGGUGGAAGCGGUCUUGAUUUCGGAAGGACUGAUGCAGUUUGCUCAAGAUCCAAAGUUCAUUGAGGUCACAACCCAGGAGCUCGCAGACGCCUGCGACAUGACGAUAGAAGAGAUGGAAAAUGCAGCAGACAACAUUCUCAAUGGUAACAGCAAGCAGAGCCCCAAUGGCAACCUCUUGCCUUUUGCUAACUGCAGGGACCCAGGGCAGGACAGUGCAGGAGAGGAAGAGGAAGAGGUGCAGAACCCGGAUUGUAGGAUAAGUCAGGAGGAGCUCAAGGACAGCAGGAUUUAUAUCAGCAGCCUGUAGUUGCCAGGGCUGGAAGCGAUGCUGGUUUUUUAUUUGUUUCAAUGUUCCUAAUGGGUUUGUUUCAGAAGUGCCUCACUGUUCUCGUGACCUGGAGUAACCGGAACAGCGUUCUUCAUUCAUUUCUGUUGGGACGAGUCGCAGAGUUGGGUGGUGUAAGAAAGCUUUUCAGGAGCGGAUAUAACCCCAGCACGUGUCCAUGAGGGAAGAGUGAGGAGGAGGAGAAGAAGAGGAGGAGAGCCAGUUCCCUCUUUUUUUCAGUCCCUGCACAAGGAACGACAGCUGCCUCCGGAGCACGAAGGGGAACCUCAGCUUCCUGUGGAUCGCCCUAGCCAAAAGGACCCUGCGCCAAACGGGUGUCUUUCAACCUUGCUUGUAAAAAUCAUUUUGCACAUGUUCUGUAUGAGCCUCACCGUCUCCAUAAAGCCAAGGCCCUUUGAUUCAGAAGGAGAGGAAGACUUCUGCUGUGGAUUCCCACACGGCCACGGGGAGGAGGAAGCAGGAGAAGCCCGAGGCACAGCCCAGCCCUGCCGAGACUCCGGCAGUGGCCCCUGCUGGCCAAUCAGAGCUCAGGCGGUCACUCGCCAGCCAAUCCGAGUUUAGGCGGUUUCCUGCUGGCCAAUCAGAGCUAGCGCGCCAACUGUGCCAGCCAAUGGGAGAGCAGGCAUGGCGGCGGGGCUGAGAGGCCGCUGGGCCUGUGCAGAGUUCUUCUUGUUUCGCAGUUUGGUAUUUUCUUGAAAGCAUGUUGCAGUUUUUAUUUUGACUAUUUUAUUAUUAUUAUUAUUAUUAUUUUGAGGGAGAAGGGAGUGUUUACAGCAUUUUGUAAUCACCUACCUUUUUUGUUUUGGUUUAUUUUCACCUUUGCAAAUGUUAAAUUGGUUUGAUCAUGUUGUAUUAUUUAAACUGGGGCGGGGGUGGUUUCUCCAUUGGAAUUUGGUAGAAGUAUAAUGAUAGAUGAGUUUUACCAACCAUUAUGUACACCGAGGAGUUGUAAUUUUAUUUACUAGCAACUGAAACCUUUUGUUGUUGUUGUUUUAUAAUUUAAAGAUAGUAGGCAAUGCACUUGAUAUAGUCUUGCACAUUUGAGUGAUUGAUUUGGGUUCUUUUUAGUGCUAAGUGUAUCUGUGAGUGUGGGAGCAAUAGGAGCGAGUGUGUGUGCAUAUGUGUGUGUGUGUGUGUGUGUGUGUGUGUGUGUGUGUGUAAGAGCAGUUCUCCAUGUCCUGGUUUGAGCUGCAGAUCUGUAUCUGGGGCCAUUCGAAUGCAAAAACAAACCACUGUCUCUGCUUUCGAAAAGGGAAUCAGUAACUUUGCAUUUUCUGUUCCACAAGAUAUGCAAAAACAAUGCAAUAAUAUUAAUUUUAAAAUAAAAUUGUAAGUUGUGUCGGCAUUAAAACUGUAUAGAAAAAGAAAAAAUUUACGGGGGUGGGGGGGAAACAAAAAAAGAAAAACAAACCAGAAGAUGUUACGCUUCGAUAUAUUCCGUGUGAUGUUUUAUUGCAUUGAUAAUGUUUCUGUUGAAGAAACCGUUAUACUUGAAUUCAGGUCAGUUUCAGUAUUUUUCAAAUAUUUUUUUAAAAUGAAUUGCAAUUGUGCCAAGCAAAGAUAAUGAAUUGAAUUAAGUUUGUUUAAAAAAAAAAAGAAAAAAAAGAAUCACUUCUUGUAUAUUUUGCUGCAUGUCAAGUGAGUCAUUUCGUAUUUGGAAUGUGCCAAGCUUUACCUUUGAACUUUUAAGUGCUUUUUUAUGUGUGGUUGGGGAAAGGGUACUACUUUAUUUUUUUUUCCUUUUUUAAUUUGUACAAUGAACAAAGUGUACCUGGUGUAAGUAACUAUUCUGCAAUCCACUGACAGGUUGAACGUUACUGAUUUUGCAUAUCUUGUGUUCAUUUUCCUUCUUCCUCACUCCCUUUUAACGUGCACGAUGACUUUAUCGGUAGAGAAUCUUUCUUCCCAAGACUGGGACAUUUUAUUCAGGCUUUGCUUUCUUUCCUUUUGCUCAGUUCCUCUAAAGGUCUUGUUCCACUCAAGGGCGACAAGACCCCCCAAAGCCCAUUUGGCAGAUCCAUCCUACAUGUUCAGCUGGCACCAGCAAUUUAAGGAGCGGGGCAGAAAAAAAUCUGGCUUCAAAAUUAUUUUAUUAAGUAGCUGAACCCUGAUCAAUUUUAGCAGGAUCCUGGGAUAAGAAAUGCAAGGAUCAGAACAGUUGGCAAAGUAAAGUUAUCUAACCCUGGUUUGGGCUGAAAGCAGAGGGAGAGAGCUGUGGAUCUUUAUUAGGAAAAUUGCUGCAGGCUGGUCAAGAUGCAGGUGCUAAGUGACUUUUUGGUGUUCCUAUGCAUGGUCUCAAUCCUCUUCCCAGACUUUAGUGGAGGGUACAAAGUCACAAAACAUCUGGCAGCACAGCAUGUCCCAGCCACAAUUCCUGACUACUAAGUGUGAAACUCUCCCACUGAUGGUUGGCCCUAACCCUGAGAGAGGCUGAAAAAACAGGCAGGUAUUGUUAGAUUUUAUGCAACUGGUUUUUGUCUAGACUACUGCUGGGUUUUUUUCCCUCCUCAGGAUGAUUCACAAAGUUGCAGAUCAGUUCUGAGGUGUGAUCUGACUCAGAGCUAAACUUUGAUUCAAAUCUUGAGCUUCUGCAGAUGUCCAAGAACCCUUCACUGAAUACAUUGAUUACAUUAUUUUUGUGACGUUCUUGUUUUUCUUCUUGAUUCUCUGGGGCAUAAAGGAGAAAUAGCAAAGGGUAUUUUUGUCUGUACUUUUUGAACUGGCCAGUAUCAGCUCAAGAUACUUUGGAAAAAACCAAAUACUAGAGAAAUAUGAAUCCAUUUGUACAAGCAUCUGUCAAGCAUCAAAGUCAUCAUUCAAGGCUUCCCUGGAGAAAGUGACCAGCUGGUGUGGGACAGUCUCAUCCUUUCAUCCCUGGUGCCUGUACAGAGAUGGGCAUACACGUGUGUCUCCCUGUGAGUUUGCUGCUGCUGACGUGCUCCAAAGGGACUUGAAAGGGAAGAAUGCCUGUGCCUGGUUGUUCCUGAAAAUGCAGUGUAAGGGCUCCCUAACUCGUUUUCUUUCACUGCAAAGUCCAUCUGACCCUCCCAAUGGAACACAGGGGUUCUUCACUCCUGAAAAACAGUGCUUACCUAAAUUAGUGGUGACAAUGAACAUUUUGGAUGCUUGACAGCCCAUCUUUUAGGAUUUUUCUUGAUGGGAAGGAAAAUGACAGGAAGGACUGUGCCCCAGGCAUUCUUGAUGAAAAAUGUUGCUCCCUCAGGGGUCAGAGUCUAUGGCCAGGGGAAACCCCACUCUCUCCUGGAAGACCCCAUAGGUGCUGCAGAGUGGAAAAUGCGUGGCUAGCAGAGAAUGCAAAUGACUUCUGCAGUUUGAGGGGUAGGUGUUAAAUUUAGUAAUUGCUGGUGCCAGCUGUCCAAACUUCUCUUUCUGGGGAGGGUGGCUUUUUUUUCUAUUUUUUUCAUUUGAGGUUCUUCCAAAUGUGCACAUUGUGACAGGCCUGAGCAAAGAGCUGCUGCCUCCUGCAAGUGAGGCAGAGUCUGGGGGACAGUGGGAAGGAGGGGGCAGAUUUAGUUCCUGGAGUGUUUCCCUGUGUAUGGGAGUGGAUGGUGGGUACAAUCCCUGUGCUGUGGAUGGAAGCUUUGAAGGAACCAAUGGCUGAGAAGUGGCGUGGAAGGAAAGAAUGGGGAAAAUGAUCUGCUGUUUGCCUCUGAGCAUCUCUGACUCACAAGAGGACACUGCAGACUAAAGACAUUUCUUAUAAAACAACAAACCUCCUCCCUGUAUCACUCCUGCUCAUUAGUCCAGACAGUACUGGGUCAGCCACAUCGGGUGCAUUUCUUUUUUUCUUCCCUAUUUCUGUGUGGCUGACGUGAUGGGAAAGCAAGUGGAACUCAUGAUCCAGAGCUGGAGUUUUGUUGUCCACAGACCUUUUGUGCAUCAUCUGCCUCUUCAGCUGGACAUGUGGACGAUGAUGGUGUGUAGAUGCUGCUGCUACUGCAGGGGUCCCGCCUGUUUUCUUGCCCUGCCCACCCCACCCCAGCACGGAGGGACAACCAGAGAGGCGCCAUGUACAGAACCGCAUUUAUUUCUGCUUUGUUUUCUGACUCACAACCCUGCCCCAGUGACUACGACGACAACAACAACAAAAACAAAAGGGCAAAUGCAUUUUUUACAUUUCUUGAUAAUUUCCAAAGCAAUGUAUCAUUGCUUUCUUUAGACUGACGCCAAUAUAACAGUUGUAUGGGUCUCAGCCAGGCUCCUGUGUCUUUUCUGCCUGAGUUUCAGAUUGCUGUAUGAAAUGUAUGCGCGUUUGCACACAGACACAACCAGACGAGGUGGCAGCACCCCGAGCCCGUGGGGUUGGUCACCUGUGUCACAGGUGGAGUUGGAGGCCUUGCUUUGUGUGAGCAGAUGAGAAACCCCAACCCACUGGUCCAGGGAGCUGAAGUGAAGCAGCCCUACUGAGACAGAACUGAAUAUCCUGAGAUACAUCCAUGGUCCUGCUGUGACUGUCCCCACAGCAGGGGUACUGGGGGGGAGAGCAACACUGAAUGGGGAAUUUGGAGCACAACAAUAUUGAACCAGAAUCCAGUCAGAGGUUUCUGGUAGCAGUGAGAUUUUGCCAGUUCUCAUAAUGAAAACUGUAGUGCAUAUAAAGAAAACAUUCCAGGCCUUUAGAAGCCUCGAUUCCCAUCUUGCUAAGAUGAGGCUGGAGGGCAUUAGAGGCCAAGGAGGUUGUAUUGAUGCAAAGGAUGUGGAAAACAGAAUUGGGCCCUGAAAAAUUUAAUUACAUCUUUCCCCCAUUUAUUUUCUUCUUCAAAGGAGUCUAAGAAAUACAAUUCUCAAUAGCUGCACAGGGUUUCUUUUUUUCUUCUUUUGAAUGUUGUGAAACUUUUAAAGUUUUAUUCUGGGUGAGUAAGCCCAGGGAUCCAGAAAGUUUCCAAUGGGAUCUCAGUCUGUGGAGCUUUUAUCUCAGUUCCUGCUUUGUUUCUGGAAAGCUGAAACCACUCUGGUCUUGCUGCUACAGCUCCCUGAGGUUGGGUGGGUGAGGGCAGAAGCACAGCAGGAGAUAUGUCCUGUUCUGAAGACAGGUUGGGCUCCAAUUGCUUUCAGAAAACUCAGUAGCAUGACACUGGAAUGAAAAAAAAAACCCUCUUCUAAUACAAAUGUUAGUGUUCUAGUUAAAUCCUCCAUUCUUCUCCUCCCCCUUAUGGGGAACUUAACACUUGAGCAUAAAAACCAGGCCUUCUUUAGGGGCACAGGGCUCGACUCAGUUGCCUAAACAUGGGUGUCCACUGUCAUUUGAGAUACCCUACAGAAUCCUCUGCCAGGUCUGCCACAGCUGGUGGAGAGAGGCACAGCUCUAGCCCAGGCAGGGCUGGUGUCACAGAGCCCCAGAGGACGGCAGAGAUCUCAGGUGGCAGGGGACAAUUAGGCAACUUAAUCAAGUCCCUUUCUAAAGGGCUAAUUGAGAGGAGCAGCACCAAUGACUGAUGUAAUGAGGGAAUCUUCAUUAGCAUUACCAAGGGCUUAGUUAGGCAGGAUCAGGAGCUUGUCUCCACACUCCCAUGCUGUUGUUUUUCUACCCCAUGUCAGGCACUCUGCCUCCACUCCUGCGGCCUGAAGUUGGCAGCACUCUGCCUGGUCCUUUCCUUAGGCCAGGAUUAGAGGCUGCAUCCCAGGCCCAGGGGAGCUGGGAUGGGCCCAGGCAAGAGCAGGCGUCACUUCACUCAAAUACAGAUUUUCUGCCAGCGUUCCAACAGCCCCUUUCCAAAGCUUUUUCCUAUUUGAGACAGAACCCCAAACUCAGACCCCAUUUGCUGGCAUCAUCAUUCAGGUGAUUAAAUACCUGUGUUUUUCUGUUAGCUCUUUCCCAAUUAGGCUGAAAUGCUUUCAGUAUUUUAAGCAUCCUAAGUCAGUCUGUUCCCAUCUCAAGCACCUAGGUAGACUGGCAGCCAAUACUAUCUAAGCAUCAUCAACUUUAUGAUUGCUCAUAGAAAUGAUUGUUUCAAGCUUAUUUAGUCUUAACAGUUUGAAUGUGGGAAGAUUUUGGAGGAGGAGGAGUGACAUUGUAAAUAUCUCUUGACAAACAUUGCUGCAUCACACACAAAAAAAAGGGGAGAUACUUAUAAAACUGCCUUAAAAAUCAAUUCUGAAUGAUGAAUCUCCCUCCAAACAAUUGCCGCUUGAUAGAGCAAGGGAUGAGUCACUUUGGGUGAAUUCUGGCAAGAAGUGGUUGGAAUCUAGUCCAGUUUCAGGAGUGAAAGUGUAAUUUAGGAGCUGAUCUCUCACUCAGUCUGAAUUCACAUCAGCACCAAGGACUGAGCAUUGCAGGAUCCAAAGGGUUUAAGGUCUGGGGGUACUGUCCGUGCAUGGUUUGGGUGUGGCCCAGCAGGUACUGCAUACCAGUGUCUCCCAGUGACUUCAGGGAAGAUGGGGUUCCUCAGCACCUCUUAAGUUCAGGCCCUGGAGCACCAUUUCCUGCUCUGAUCAUCAGCUAUAAAUGUUGAUAAAUAUAAGUGUUUUGCCUUCAUUUGAAUUGCCCAGAGCUGUAAAAUGACCUCUCUCAAGUAUAAAUCAGUCCAGAUAUAAACCUCCUCUCCUACUCUUCCCUAUGCUCCCUGCCCACCUUCCCUGCCCUCCCUUGCACCUCCACCCAAGCCCUUCCCUGUCUCAAUUCUUUACCUCCUUCCACACUUUUAUAUCUAGUUUUCAUGAACCCUCAGAAAUGCUUUUGUAAAUACUGCUGUACAGUUUGUAACCGUCAUGUAAGCCUGUCAUCAGUGCCAGAGUCCGUCUUGCCCUCUCGCACGUUUUAAAAUCAACAGAGGAAAGUUAGAGUGAAUGGCCCUCAGUGAGCUAUAGGGUCAUCUCUGUGUGGGACAAAUGUAUAUUCCUGUAAGAUUGCAUUUUUAUCUAAGGAAUGAUGUUAUUUUAAAAUUGCUAAUAAAUUUCUAAACAAUG